CCGUGAUGCGUUCGCUUUCAGAGCGCUCUCUCCACUCUUCCAGAAAUAAUUAAACACGAUAAAAACCCUAAAAAAAUAUAUAUAGAAAAUUAAUACGAAAGUUAAUAGUUAAAGAUAUUACGGAAUGCAUUAAAACGUUUUUAACAACUGAAAUGGGUAAAAGGUACUGCAAAAAGCACUGCUUGAAUACGCAAGAACAGUUGUCAGGUGCAGUAAAAGUGUGAAAAAAAAGGAAAAAAGUGUAAAAGGAAACAAUCAAAUGUGCAAAUAACUCAAAUAUAUAUGUGCCCUUGCCAAACGACUGCAAAAUGUGGGUCUUAGGAUAAAGUUUUUACAAAGUCAGUGACUUUGUAUACGUACGCAUUUAAAGCUUAUUAUAAAUUUAAAAUGUGUAUUAAUAAAGAAACAAAUCGAAGAAGGGAAAAGUAAGAAGGACAGCUAAUUGCGUUUAGUACAAAAGCAAACCUUCUUUGUACUGCUCUGUACAACAGACACUUCUGCGAGAAGGAAGCCCCACAGCUUUAGAAUGAAAUGGAGAUGCAAAGCUACUCUGGUCAUGGACCAUCGACAGGCACAUCAGAAACAGCAACAGCAACAGCAGCAGUUGCAUCUGCAUCUGCAUCAGACACAGCAGCAACAUUCAAACGGCGACACUUCAAUUGUCGGCUGGAAGAGGCGGAUUGGCCUGGGGUUCGCCAGCCGUUUAUUGACUGCGACAGCAGCCACACCAACAGCACAUCCUACACCCCCAGCAGCAGCAACAACCACUUCCUGCCCACCAGCAACAUCCUCAUCGAGGGACGCAACAACACAUUCCAGUGUGCACGGCAAGCUAUCGACGAAGCGGAGCACAGCGCAUUCUAUAGCUGCGAUGGGGAAAGCCCAUUGUCUGAAAACUGCACAUUGAAGCUGCAAGCGCGACUGUUGCGAUGGCCGUACGAGGCGUAUGAGCACUUUCGACUGGCAAUCAACGGGGCCCUCAGUGAUUAUGCUAGUGAUACACUUAGUGAUAGUUCGAGCUGCGAUGCGGGAGGCAUGGUGUUGCAAUGUGAGCUGGGCCAGGCCCAGGAACUAUUGCUUUGUCAUUUGCAACAGCUCGAGAGGGAGCCACUUCGGGAGGUAGAAAGCGCGGAGGAGAGCUUCUCCAACGACAGCCUUCUGCAGGCCUUUCAAAUCGAGCUGGGCACAGAGCGCGAUGGGCUCUGGUCCUUCCUUAAUCUAAGCGAGCUAAUGGAGCCCGAUCACGACUUCCUGGGCAUCAUGAAUGUCACCAACACCAGCUUAGAUAUGAUUUUGCCGAACCUAACAGUCCUGAACACUACCACCUCCACUGCAGACUUGGCCACCGAGCUCGCGGUAACAAAGAGCUUUCUGGACUACAGUACCCACGGCUACGAUUGGCUAUUCCUGUUCGUAGUGUUCUUUAUCUUCGCCGGUGGCCUGGGUAAUAUCCUUGUGUGCCUAGCCGUGGCCUUGGACCGGAAGCUGCAGAAUGUGACUAACUACUUCCUGUUUUCCCUGGCUAUAGCCGAUCUCCUGGUCAGUUUGUUUGUGAUGCCCAUGGGCGCGAUACCAGCUUUUUUGGGCUAUUGGCCACUUGGCUUUACCUGGUGCAACAUUUAUGUGACCUGUGACGUACUGGCCUGCUCAUCCAGCAUAUUGCACAUGUGCUUCAUUAGCUUGGGACGCUAUAUGGGAAUAAGAAAUCCAUUGGGCUCGAGGCAUCGAUCUACGAAACGAUUGACUGGCAUAAAGAUAGCCAUUGUCUGGGUGAUGGCCAUGAUGGUAUCCAGUUCAAUAACAGUUCUUGGUCUGGUCAAUGAGAAGAACAUAAUGCCCGAGCCUAACAUAUGCGUUAUCAACAAUCGCGCCUUUUUCGUGUUUGGAUCUCUGGUGGCUUUUUAUAUUCCCAUGCUGAUGAUGGUUACCACAUACGCAUUGACAAUUCCCCUCCUCCGGAAGAAAGCGCGAUUUGCCGCCGAGCAUCCGGAAAGUGAACUUUUUCGCAGGUUGGGUGGACGCUUCACCCUAAGGCCGCAGCACAGACAGCAGCAGUUGCAGAUGUUCAGUAGCUUCUCUGGCGGCAACAACAAAUUCCUAUCAAUGGGCGACAGCAAUCGCAACUUCAACACUGCAGGAGAGAUGGAGGCUGGAGCUCCUAGCAGAAGGAGGGGCGUAGAGCCCGCCGAACGACCUUUGAUGCAACAGCUAACGGCGAGCAGCAGGAGCAUGGGAACGGUUAGUUUCCGUAAUGUCGUGAACGGGACUAGCGGAGCCGCAGGAAGUGGGCGCAGGACGACGGGCACUGCCCACAGCAGCUUCCGGUUCUCUGGCGGCGGCAUCCUGCGCUACUCGUCGUCGUCUCCCGCCUCGAGCAGCCACUCCACCAGCACUUCGCGUUCGAGCUCCUUCUGGCGCAAACACGGCGGCUAUCCAAACCUAAUGGACAGCCAUCCAAAUCGACGGGCCUCAGUGCGUGUCACCAUCUCCCAGCCACAAUUGGGUUACCCAACCAAUGUAGGUGGAAAUGGAGGUGGAGCUGCUGGAGCGACGGAGGUGGGGGCUGGUGGCAAUGGCUCAUCAGCCGGCAGAACGAGCAACUCAUCUCCUGGAGGCACGGGCUUGAUGAAAAUCGCAACCAUCCAGGGACCGACUCUGAACCAAAGUCAGGCGACUGGAGGCAAUCACCUGGUGCAAAAGGUAAAGCCGACGGCUUUAAAACCGGAAGAACCACAGCGCAACAAAGUGAGGCCCUUUAAAUUUGGCUUCAACCGCGUUGCCACGCCCACCCUCAAUUUGCGUUUUCUAAACAAUCGCAGCAAACGAAACAGCUUGUCGGCCAAUGCGGUUGCCACGGAGCAGAAGGCCACCAAGGUGCUCGGAUUGGUGUUCUUCACCUUCGUUCUGUGCUGGUCGCCUUUCUUCAUCUUGAACAUUAUAUUCGCGGCCUGCCCCGAGUGCCAAGUGCCGGAGCACGUGGUGAAUACCUGCCUUUGGCUUGGCUAUGUCUCCUCGACGAUCAAUCCCAUCAUCUACACCAUAUUCAAUCGCACGUUCCGGGCGGCCUUUAUCCGCCUGCUCAAGUGCAACUGCGAACGUUCCGGCCGCCCGCUGCGCUAUCGCUCUGUGACAGAAGGACGCGGCGCUCUCAGCCUGUGCGCCCCUUCCGCCCUCCCGCUGGCCAUAUCCUUCCAGGGGGCGCCACUCAUGACGCCAUCCACGGCUAAUGCGACGCCGAUGAGCGAGUUCCGCGCCAGCUGCCGCACAGUCACAGACGACGAGUGCUGAGCCACGAGGAGCACCAUCCUGCAUCUGGGAUGCAUCGAAUUUAUGACGACGUAACUGUAAUUAGCGGCUUUUCCUAGAUUACUUCAGGGAGAUCAAUGCUAACAUUUCAAUCACAAUCAAUUUGAUGAAUUUUGUAGAUGCUAUAGAGAAAAUACUUAACUUUAGUCUCAUCGCAUAUCAUUAGAAACAAAGGAAGAUUCAAAAAUAGAGUGAGAUAGUUGGCGGUACAACGCGGACUGUUUUUCACUUUCACGCCAACAUUCUAGACUUAGUGAUUGCUUUAUUUCUAAGUCAAACACAAAAUCAUUAACAAUGAGUACGAUUAGUGCAAAAUAAAAUAAGAAAAAGUAAGUAAAAGUAUUCGU